AUGGCUCCAUCCUAUAACAUUGCCUCUAUUCCUGGAGACGGCAUCGGCCCGGAGGUUGUCAGCGCCGCCAUUCAAGUCGUCGAAAAACUAGCGAAAACAUUGGGGACUUUCCAAAUUGAGUUUACCCAUAUUCCAUGGGGAACUGCAUACUAUAAAGAGACCGGGCGAUAUAUCUCUGAAGAUGCCCUAGACACUCUGCGCAAAUUCGAUGCAGGCAUCUUUGGUGCCGUGGGUGCACCCGAUGUCCCAGAUCAUAUCUCCUUGUGGGGUCUUCUCCUUGCCAUCAGAGGUCCUCUCCAACUAUACGCCAAUGUCCGACCAGUGCGAACAUUUCCAGGAACAAAAUGUCCACUGAACACCGCAACGGAAGGAAUCGACUGGAUGCUCGUCCGUGAGAACUCCGAAGGCGAGUAUGCCGGUCAGGGAGGUCGAUCGCAUAUUGGCCAGCAAUGGGAGGCUGCCACUGAAGUGGCCAUUUUCACUCGUGUCGGCAUUGAACGAAUCAUGCGAUUUGCCUUUCAAACAGCCCAGUCACGGCCUCGAAAGCUGCUGACGGUGGUGACCAAGAGUAACUCUAUGCGCAAUGGAAUGGUCCUCUGGGAUGAAAUCGCAGCUAGCGUUGCCAAGGAUUUCCCCGAUGUGACCUGGGAUAAAAUGUUGGUGGACGCCAUGACCGUUCGCAUGGUGGCCAAGCCUCAGUCCAUUGAUACGAUAGUCGGCACCAACUUGCAUAUGGAUAUCCUUUCCGACCUUGCUGCCGCUCUGGCCGGAUCAAUCGGUGUCGCCCCAUCAAGCAAUCUGGACCCCACGCGCAAGAACCCGUCUCUUUUCGAGCCUGUUCAUGGUAGUGCAUUCGAUAUCACUGGGAAAGGUAUCGCCAAUCCUGUUGCUACUUUCUGGUCUGCUGCAGAGAUGCUUAAGUGGAUUGGCGAGAAGGAUGCAGCUGAGAGGCUAAUGGCUUGCGUCGAGAAUGUUUGUGCGGCAGGUUUUUUGACGCCGGAUCUGGGUGGCACCUCUAACACCCAGGGAGUAGUUGACGCAGUAUGUGCGGAGAUUGAGAAGAUCAAAGUCUGA